AUGGAUCACGACGAAGAUUCCUCCGGAUCGACGCACAAGCUCAUCCACGCUCACGCCGCUCUCUGCGCUUCUGCCGUCCUUGCAUUCUGGCCCAUCGGCGUCAUGCUGCUCCGCUACUGGAAAGAACCGUCCAUGGCUGUGCGCAUCCAUCAGUGGGUCCAGGUCGCCGGCUUCACCGUAUACGUCGCCGGUUUUGUUCUCGGGGUUAUUCUGUGGACUCGGCUGAAGACCGAUCUUGGCUCGUCGCCGACGCUGCACGGUGUUCUGGGCGUGGUUAUUACGGGACUGGCUUGUGUCCAGUUGCUGUUGGGGUGGUGGCACCACAAGCUGUGGCAGCGUGAGAGUGCGAAACGCGGUAACGCGCGAUGGGUGAAAGCGCCGGAGAGGACGUGGGUGGCGUGGAUGCACAUGAGCUUUGGUUGGUUCGUGAUUUUGAUCGGUAUAGCGAAUGGUGGGAUUGGUGAGCAGGGCUCUUUCCUCUGUUGA